ACCAGUUCAGUAUUUUAUUGAAGAUCGACGUAGCGACUAGCAACGAGACUUGGUUUACGGAAGAGACUUAAUUUUUAAUAAAAAUAAAAUAAAGAGUUUAAAAAACACUUUUUACGCGCGUAUUUGAACGAAGUCAAAUAUAAUAAAAAUAAACACAAGUUAUUAAAUAAAUAUGGAAGAGGAAACGCAAAACUACGAAGAGGAGGAGGAGCAAUAUGUUGAAGAUGAUGGUGAUGAGUACACCGGUCCCGGCGAACAGGAGGUUGAAAAGCCGUCCAAAGAGGAAUUCAAGGUCGCCAAGUGGAUGAAGGCAAACGUUAAAUCAAAGAAAACGAAAUUUCUCAGCCACAAUGUACAGUAUUUCAUAUCGAACAAAGCACUGGAUGCUUUGUUAAAGUCGAAAUUCGCACAAGGCGAUGAUGCGCUCUUCACCACACGUGAACAAGCCAUUGAAUUUUUGGAUGUCAUGUUGGAGCAUAAAUUUUUCCAUCGCGCCAAAAAGGUGCCCGUCUCGUUGGAGGAGAUGCGUGGCAGUGGGGCAGCUACAGGUGGCAAAACAACGAAAAACAAAAGUGAUGACAAGGAGCACAAGAAGAAGGAGAAGGAGGAAAAGAAAGAUACCGAGGCUGAAGCCGAAGCCAGUGGUGGCAAUGGCGUUGGAGAUGGCAAUAUAAGCGCUGGUGCCGGUGCAGUAGAGAAGAAGGAAAAGCGCAAGCGAAAAAUACGCUUGGACAUGCAUCAUGAACAGCUUUUCGUUGAUGGUUCUGAGCCAUACAUUUGGAUUUAUGAUCCCAUACCCAUACACUACUGGAUUUACGGUUUAAUAUUGUUGCUCGGCGCUAUUUUGAUCUGUUUGUUUCCGUUGUGGCCACCACUAUUGCGUAAAGGCGUUUACUAUUUGUCUGUGGCGGCGGCUGGAUUCCUCGUACUCAUAUUGACGCUGACAGUAAUACGUUUGAUUGUUUUCACACUCGUAUGGCUGGUGACUUACGGGAAAUUGCAUUUCUGGCUGCUGCCGAAUUUGACCGAAGAUGUGGGAUUCUUUGCAUCAUUUUGGCCGCUCUACGAAAGCAAUUAUAUUGCCGAGGAAGAAAAAACGAAAUCCUCAGAGAAACGCAACAAAUCCAAAUCAAAGAAGAAAGAGAAGGACAGCGAUGCUGAGGAAGACACUGCACCCGAAGCGAUACCACUGGAACCGGAGAAGAUCGAAGAGGUGAAGGAACAUGAUGCGGACAUUGAGUUGCGUCGCCGCAAUGUCGCUGGCGACAGCGCUGCGUGCGCUGAAGAGGCCACGCACAGCAGUGCUGGUGGUGGUGAUGGCGGCGGUGAUAACAGCGAAGCGACUGCUGAGUCAGACGUUAAAGGCUCGCACACUCCAUCUGAAUCCGAUUCGGAAAUCUCUGGCAAGGAUCAAUUCGAGAUCAUCAGUUCGAGUGAAGUGCAUAAUGUUAAUUAAUGAAAAUAAUCCAUAUAUACAAAUUUAAUGCAAUUUACAUUUUUACAAAUAGACAAAAAAUAUACACUAUUAAGCUGAUUUAAAAAAAUAUAUAUAUGUAUGUAUUAAUUGAAUUAUUUUUCGUUUUGCGUCAAAAUGCAGGCACUGAAAUAGUAAAAAUAUAUAUAAAUAAAUGAGAUUUUAUUAAAAAUUAUACAAAAAAGCAGUACAUACCUACACAAAUGAAAUCUCCGACGUAAAAUAGCAUUAAAAACUAGAAUAUUAAAGAAAAUAGGCGCAAUUCAAACUAAAGCUAAAACGCAAUAGCGUUAUUGUGUGAGAUGUUGUAAUAUUAAAUGUCAUUUGUCUCUAAAAUGCUAGAAAACACAAGGAAGGCAAUAACAAUUUUGAGUUGCAAAAAAAAAUUUAAAAAAUGAAAAUAAAGAUUUUUAUGUGCAUAUUAUACGUUUUUUGUAUGGAGUAUCAUAAAGCAUAUUUUU